AUGACUGCUUCUAUGAAAUUAAAGUUUGACAAAUAUUGGGGUGCAUGCAAUUUGUUGAUGGCUAUUGCUAGUGUUUUGUAUCCAAGGAGAAAAUUUCAUAUUGUUGAUAUAUGCUUUCCAUUGAUAUAUAAAGAUGAAGUUGCUCAAGAGAAUAUAAAGAAGGUGAAGAAUUCAUUGGAAGAGCUAUAUGCUGAAUAUGUUUCUCUAAGUCUGCAAGAGUCAUCUUCUAAUGAAGUUCAUACUAGUGGCAUCAAUUCAUCAUCAUCUUCGACCCAAUCUCAAUCUUUAGUCAUCACCGGAUUUGACCGAAUCAUGAACAUUGUGCGUGAAAAGGAAGUGAAAUCAGAAUUACAAACUUAUCUUGAUGAAGGUGUUUACAUUCCAGAUGGAGAUAAUAACGCAUUGAAGUGGUGGAGGAACAAUAGCUUAAAAUAUCAGAUCUUAUCAAAGAUGGCUGUUGAUAUUCUAGUUGUUCCUAUAUCUACUGUGGCCUCGAAGUCUAUUUUUAGUGUUGGCGGCAGAGUUAUUGAUGAAUAUCGCUCUAAACUGAACCAGAAAUCUAUAGAAGCACUUAUUUGUGGUGGGGAUUGGCUUCGUCACAAGUAUAACUUAAAACAAAAGUCAAAGGUGGCAGCUGAGCAACAACAGGAGAUCACCUUAAAGAUUUGA